AGAUCACCUACGAUUACCAUAUGUAUAAAAGUGCCUCCAAAACAUCAGAUUUGUACUAAAUUCAUCAAAUACUUGUCCGCUUAAAGCCAAAUAUUGAAUAUGAAGUACGGUGCAGUUAUAACGGUAUUUUCUUUGAUUUGCCUAGUCAAUCUAGUCUCUGCAAAUGAAAAUGCACAUGAGGACAUUAUUAAUUACGUUAAAGGAGUAAUUGAAGGAUGUAAAACAAAAAUGAAUACCCCUGAUGAUAUUUUCGAAGAUGUAUGGACUGGUAAAUAUGAUAAAGGUGGAGCUAAUGAAAUGGGCAUGUGUCAUAUCAAUUGCAUGAUGAAAGAAUUCGGAGCUUUGAAAGAUGGCAAGGCGGAGGCAUUUGAAACUUUUAAGGAACAUAUGCAUGAGGAAGAAGCCAAAGAAGUUUUGGAAAAAUGUCAACAGGAAACUGGUGAAACUGAUUGUGAGACAGGUUAUAAGGUUUAUAUGUGCAUGAAAGCUAAUUCUGAAAAAAUGUUCAAACCACAAUAAUAAUGCAAAAAAGGAUAAUUAACUAUUACUUAAAUACUUAUUUACUUUAUUAAAAUAAGGGGAUUGGUAUACCUUUUUAUACCAUAAUAAAUAAUGUAUGAACAUAAAAACAA